UUCCGAAGAACGAAAGCUCCGCGCGGGCAAGGCUGUACAUGCCUUGUGGGGGAAAGUCUCGCAAAUAAAACCUCCACCAACACACACAUGCAAGCGCCCCAAAGAAAAGAACCAAAAAAAAAACAGGUUUGUAUUGUAGACCCGCUCGGUGCUCCUGUCAUCCGAGCGCUGCAGGAAGACUCAGUCGAUCUUUUUUCUGAGAACGCUGCAUCCGACUGAGGAGAGGAGCCCGCGUCUGAGGACACAAUGAGGCAGUGUGCGCGAGCCCCCGACCACGCGCUGAGAUGCUUCCAGGAGACGGCAUUCCUCACGCGGCCAGGGACGUCUCGCUCGACUGUACCGAGAGGAAAAACGGAAGAAUGAAGACUUGCAUGAAGCCCCUGCAUGAAAAGCUAUGACAAACACAAAGAUUAGACUGUAGACCUCCAUGUUGACAGCCAACUCAAGAAUGAAGACCAAGUAUGCCAUCGUCUUCAUCUGUAUUGUGGCCCUGGUCAUCAUUGAAAAAGAAAGCAACAUCCUCUCAAGGGUCUCCGAUAAGCUGAUCAAGAGGCAGACUCCACAGCAGACACCGCAGACCAUUCAAGAGUAUGGCAACACAACCGAGAACAGCCCUCUAAUGGUACUCAAGGUGUUGCUCUCUAAACUCUCCGUUACUGAAGGGAAUUACACAAAUUUGUCCGAGGAGCAAGAAGAGGAAGAGCCUGAUGAUUUAGGUUUUUAUAGAGGUGGUCGUAAGCAGGUAUUACUGAUGGCCACCACGCGAACAGGAUCUUCAUUUGUGGGGGAGUUUUUCAACCAGCAUGGGGAGAGCAUGUUCUACCUGUUUGAACCGUUGUGGCAUGUCGAGCGAAUGCUAGCCACGGCCACUGAGGCAAACAAUGGGACAGUGUUGGCAGGGAUCUAUCGAGACGUUCUCCAGGCACUCUUCCUGUGUGAUUUUUCUCCUCUUGAAAAGUUCAUCUCUCCCCCACCUCAAGACCACGUCACCCCUGAUCUUUUCCGCAGAGAGUCUAGUUUGUCCCUGUGUGAAGAGCCUGUUUGUACUCCUGUAAUCAAAGACGUGUUUGAGAGGUAUCAUUGUAAGACUCGUCGCUGUGGGCCCCUGAACUUGACCCUCGCAUCUGAAUCCUGCCUUUCCAAACAACAGUAUGCUAUCAAGACGGUCCGCGUACGACAGCUGGACACGUUGCAGCCCCUGGUGCAGGACCCCCGCCUCGAUGUCAAAAUCAUACAGCUGGUUCGAGAUCCACGAGCGAUCUUGGCAUCGCGCAUGGUGGCUUUUUCCUCCAAAUAUCAGACAUGGAAGGCCUGGGCGCAGGACGGCCAGGUCCCUGAAGACGACGAGGAGGUGAAGAGGCUCAAAGGAAACUGUGAUCACGUGAGGAUGUCUGCCGAGGUGGGACUGAGCCAGCCCCACUGGCUGAGGAAGCGCUACAUGUUGGUGCGUUAUGAGGAUAUCGCUCGAUACCCUAUGCAGAAAGCAGAAGAAAUGUAUAAGUUCACAGGAAUACCAUUUAGCUCCCAAGCCCGGGAGUGGAUUCUGAAGAACACACAGACCACACAGGUAGCCAGUGGGAUUUAUUCCACCCAGAAGAAUUCAUCAGAACAGGCAGAAAAAUGGAGAUUUAGUAUUCCCUUUACACUGGCUCAGGUGGUGCAGAAAGUGUGUGGACCCACCAUGAAGCUGUUUGGGUACAAAUUUGUGGAUGAUGAGAAUACACUGAUCAAUAAGUCCAUAAGUUUGCUUGAACAUAAACAAUUUAAUUGAUAAAAGAGAAAUGCAACAGAUCUGAACAAGAAGGAGCCAGUGCUGCAGAAACCAAAUCUAACAAGCAAGACUGUCACACAAAACACAAUAUUUUCUAUCAACACAAACUUUUGGUCACAUUAUUAGUCAGAAUCACCAAUAAUGUGCCUCUUUUUAACAGUGAAUGGCUACUUUAUAAAGAGUUUAGCAGCAAAUUGCUUUCGUUGAUAACUCGUCUUGUGAGCUUUAUGUCCAGAUCCAUCAAGGAUUGUAAGCAAUUGAUAUGGAUUUUAAGAUUUUACUCGUAGAUGGUUGUGGUAGGAUUUUCAGGGAAACACUAUGGAGUAAUACUAAUGUGUGCGUAAUGUGUUUGUAAUUGUAUGAAGUAAGGGAAAUUGCCGGUAAUCAUUUGUUACACACCCGCUGGUAGAAUCUCAUUAGCCUCGACCUGAUGUGCUUUGACAGAGUUUCAUAAAUUUUACUCAGGUAAAGUGAACAUGGGAUUUAAACUUUUUUUUUAAUGAUUUGUGUUAAUAACUAUGUACGCAGGUGCAUGCUGCGUACAUAAAUACAAAUCCUUUUAUUAUAUGAAUAAAUGCUAUUUUAAGCCUUACAAUGGAACACACAUACUGAGAAAUGUGUCGUAGAUAAUUCUCACAAUUUUCUAUGAAAUAGAAGAAAUAUGCCUUACCUCAAAUAUGUCUUAAGCAUUCCAGUGUUGCUUUAUUUAAUAGCUUUCUGCUGCCAUUAUUGUAAAGUGUUUCACUUUGCUGUCAUACUAAACUGUCAGUUUUGAUAGUAAGAAACAGAUGGGGCUUCUAUUAAAAUCAUCUCCGCUUCGGUUUGAUAUCGGACAAGUAUAUGUAUGGAUAAAGUAUUCAAGGAGUUUAUUUUAUUCAAUAGACAAUUAAAAGUCAUAGAAUAUACCCUUUAAGAUAUAUGUUGUAUCUUUUGGUGAGAAGUUACAUAGACAGUUUGCAUGUAUGUAUGUGGCUAUAUCGUUAGCAGAAACCCAGGUGGUGCUGCAUUGAUGGCAUAUAAAGGUAACCACUGUGACUCUGAUUCAAUGGCAGCAUUGUGCUCAGCUUUACUGAGGCCCAAGUGAAACAUCCAUGCUCCUCAUGGAAAGGAAUUUGCAUUAGAAAUUCAAAUAUUAGUGGGCUUUUACUACCAUUUCUUUCAAAGUAGGAAUAUAUAGAUAGGGUACAGAAUUGUCCAGAUUCACUGUUAAAUCUACACAAAAAAUUCAGCAAAGCUGUCUUUGAAUUUCAUAUCCAAAUUGAAUCUUGCGUUUUGCCAAAGUCUGCCUCAGUAUAAGACUCUAAAGGAAGUCCGUUUUAAGUAGCUUUUUAAGACUUGAAGAUUUCUUAAUGCCAUCAAAAUGUUAUAAUACUUUAACACUUUUCCUCCAACAUCUGGCUGAUAUAGUGUUCUUCCUGUUUUUUGUUUUCUUUUUUUAACCACAUUUUCACUUCCUGCUUUUUUGUCAUGACUUUUUGGAAUUCUUUCUUCUUGCCAUCCAAUUCUGAACAUUGUCAAAGUCCACAUCUCCAUCCAAAAGAAAAUCCUCACGCUCAUUUAUAUUCACUGGGUUCAUUCUGCCCAAAUAAAUACUGCUUUUCUCUCAGGCUGCCACCCAUUUCAAAGUCUCUCUUAAAGCCCUGUUCAAGCUGCAUUUAAGUGAAUGCACUACAUUUGGUGGUUUGAAUUUUUUUUCAUCUUUAUCGUGGCAUUAUAUGUUUUUGUGACAUUCAAGUUCAAACAAGUACUCUGAAAUUAAGAAAGCCAGAGCAUGGUGUAAAUGGGUUUUGGAUGGAGUAUCACCUCAAAAGAAAUGACUCAUUGAAAUGGAAUUUCUUAGUGAUAUACUAUAAAAGAUUCUUGCUUGCUUAUGCUUUCUUUUCCUUUCUCUUUCACAUUAUGUUGAUUCUUUCUGAGGGGGAGUUUAUUUAAAAGUUACACAACUGUGGCCCACAGACGUGAACAUUCUAUUGAGGCUUUCAUUAAAUUGGUUCCCUUGUUGUAAAAUAAUUUUCAGUCUAUGAUGCGUUUUCUUUCUUCUGCGAUUGUUUUGAAUGUAGAAAUGGAGUUCAAGCAUCUGUUUUUCUACUGAUUCAAUUCUAAAUAAAGAAUUUGAUUCUGUGCAUAAUGUGAGUUCAAUCAGAAAGCAAUCUUAUAUGUUAAAAGUGAGGCACCUAAUGAUAUGCGCCUAAUGG